AUGGUAACGCCAUAUCACAGCUUAAGUGAAAAAUCUGCUGUCGACACCGCCAAACUGACUCGUUAUGUAUCCCCUGUGAAUCCUGCUGUAUUUCCACAUCUCACUGUAGUACUUCUGGGCAUUGGAAUUUUCUUCACAGCAUGGUUUUUUGUAUACGAAGUGACUAGUUCGAAAAAAACAAGAGACCUCAAAAAAGAACUGCUAGUAGCCCUUGUAGCAUCAAUUUUUUCAGGUUUCGGAGUACUAUUUCUACUCCUAUCUGUUGGUAUUUACGUGUAAUAUAAAGUAAGACUUUAGCUACUAGGUUCAUAUAAGAGUUUUAUAUUUGUUUUCAAAAUAACAGUCGUAUUUUCUGUACCUAUAUUUGAAUGGUAAAAUUAAAGAAAUAAAACAUGUCAGUUUGUAA